AUGCUUUUUGCGGACGAUAUAGAGCUAGUUGCUGAAACUAGACAAACCCUAAAUGCGAGGCUAGAGGAAUGGAGAAUAGCGUUAGAAGGCAAUGGUUUAAGGAUUAGUCGGUCUAAGACUGAAUACCUUUAUUGUAAUUUCAGUGGUGCAGGUGACAACGAGGACACUCAGGUUAUCAUUGAAGGUCAAGUGGUCCCACAAACGACUAAGUUCAAGUACUUAGGAUCGUUUGUGCAAAGGGACGGGGAGAUAGAUAGUGAUGUAUCUCACCGCAUCCAGGUUGGCUGGUGUAAGUGGAGAGCAGCCACUAGGACAUUGUGCGACAGGAGGUUCCCGACAAAAUUGAAGGGAAAAUUCUAUAGGAUAGCAGUUCGACCAGCUAUGUUAUACGGGACAAAGUGUUGGGCCAUCAAGAAAACUCAAGCGCGCAAGAUGGAGGUAGCGGAGAUGAGAAUGUUGAGGUGGAUGUGUGGCCACACGAGGUUAGACCGAAUAAGAAGUGAGGUUUGUAGGGAUUGGUUAGGAGUAGUUAGUAUAUCAGACAAGUUAAAAGAGGGGAGAUUGAGAUGGUUUGGGCAUAUGAAGAGGAGGCAGUUAACAGAACGAGUUAGAGCAAUGGAAACCAUAACAGUGGAAGGAAGAAGGGGUAGAGGCAGGCCCAAGUUGACUUGGGAUGAAAGACUUAGGAAAGAUUUGGUAGAGUUGCACCUCUCUAAGGACAUGGUUCAGGAUAGGAGUUCGUGGAGACGUAGGAUUAAGGUUAAGGACUUGUAG